AUGGCCACCAAGAUGUGGGGAGAUUCCUGCGAGAGAUGUUCCUUGACCCUGCAGGACGACACCUCGUGUUCAGCGCCCACAUCCCCACCAGCGCUGGCCUCGAUCAAGUCUUGGGCCUUGGGCAAGGGCGCAGGAAGCUCUCGUACCGCGAUCCCCAUAAAAAUGCCCAGGUGCGCUGAGGUGCAGAGGCUGAGAGGCAUGCACCCGAACUGCGCGGCCUUGACGCCGUUGGAGGCCGUCUAUUUCGGCUACAUCCCGUCCCUGAUCUACUCGGUCAAGACGGGGGACUUGGACCUGAAGGAGCGGUUCCGGGAGAUCAUACCUGCUGCAGAGUCGGAGCUCCCAAUCCUGGCAAAGUCUUUCCUGUCAGAGUCUUUCCUGUCAGAGUUCUUCACUGGCGAACGGGGUCCAGACCACGAUCCAGUGCGAGCCUUCGAUGCCCUCACUGAAUCCCCCAAAAAGGGGCAGAUCCGGUGGAUUCUUGCCUAUGUGGGACAGAUGUGCUGCCACCUGGGUUGGAAACAGGUUGGUGCAUGGAUCGAGGAGCUCCCGAGCUGGUCGGGAAAGGUUGAGAGCGGCCAAGACUGGGAGACCGUGUUGCUGGUCGCUCUGUGCCUUCGAUGCUAUGAGGCCAAGUACAGCGAGCCCCACGAGCUGCUGGGACUGGCAAAAGGGGCUCUACGGCCCGCUGCGGUGUAUGUGGAGAAGGUGCCGCAGGAAAAUUCUACCAACCAAGAAGUCAUACUGGCCUGGUGGAAGGGGCAGCCGAUCGACACAUACCCCUACAUAGCGGUGCUGUCGCCCACUUUUUCUAAAACGGAAAUCGUGGACGCCAUGUGGGUGUAUCAAAAGGAUGCAACGGCCAGUUGCCUGGUGAGGGGCAUGCAAGCCAAACUAGGCAGCGCCUACCCGAAGCAGGAUAUGCCCCUUGGCAUGCUGGGGUUGCUGUUCCGUGGCCAGGCACCGGACACCACCCGUAACUUGAGAAAGGCAGCGGUGGAAGUAUCUAACUGCGAGCGAGAUUCAGAGUUUUCUGGGCAAAUCUUUGACGGCUGCUUGUCCCGCUCACUGGCCCAACGUGAAACCAUGAGCCCUGACAGCGUUGUGUCUUCCUUGUCUCAGAGCUUUUUGGUACAGCGUAUUCAGUUUCGUGGCAAAGCAGAUUGA